AUGCUUCGCGCAUUGAGGAUGGAGGAGUUUGUCACGGAGGAAGAGGAGCCGUGGUACGACCAGCGGGACCUGGAGCAAGACCUGCACUUGGCGGCAGAGCUCGGCAAGACUCUCCUGGAGCGCAACAAAGAGCUGGAGGACUCCCUGCAGCAGAUGUACAUCAACAAUGAGGAGCAAGUGCAGGAGAUUGAGUACCUCUCCAAGCAGCUGGAAAUGUUGAGGGACAUGAACGAGCAGCAUGCAAAGGUGUACGAACAGCUGGAUGUGACGGCCAGAGAGCUGGAAAUCACCAAUGAGAAGCUGGUGCUGGAGAGCAAGGCAUCGCAGCAGAAAAUAGACAGACUAACUGGAACCAUGGAGACCCUACAGAGUCAGGUAGACAGUCUCACAACUCGGGUUGAGGAGUUGCGAACUUUGGAGGAGCUGAGAGUCCGCAGGGAGAAGAAGGAACGUCGCAAGACCAUCCACUCUUUCCCCUGCCUCAAGGAGCUAUGCACUGCUCCAAGAUAUGAGGAUGGAUUCAUGCUGGCCAAUCCAGGUAGUGUGGACCUGGCUGAGAGACAGCCACUGGAUGAGGAAAACGACCGUUUGAGAGACAUCGUCUCGUCCCUACACUCAGUCAUGGCCGCAGAGCGGUCCAAGCGGGAGAGUGCAGAGAGGGAGUGUGCUGCUGUGCUGCAGGAGUUUGAGCGCCUGGAACAGCGACUCUUAGGUGCUGAAGGCUGCCAGCUGCGGGUUCAGGAGCUGGAAGCUGAGCUCCAGGAGAUGCAGCAACUCAGGAAGUCAAGGGUGUGUCUGAUUGGAGACAUGGAAGACGGCCUAGAGAAUCUACUCAAUAAUGGCCCUGAGACAGACACUCCAGAGGAGGGCGCAGGGGAAGAGGAGGUAGGUGAGGGAGGUGCUGGAGAGGCUGGGGGAAUGGGGCAGCAAGGAGGCCCGGUGAGAAAAAGCUGCAGCGACACAGCCCUGAACACCAUCUCAGCUCGUGACGCGACAGGUAGGCGGCAGGGAAGUUACGCCCUCCAUGCCAAUGGUGUGCGCAAACGGGGCAUGUCCAUCCUGCGGGAGGUGGAUGAGCAGUACCACGCUCUGCUGGAGAAGUACGAGGAGCUGCUGGGGAAGUGCAGGCGUCAUGAGGAGAGCCUUUGCCAUGCUGGGGUGCAGACCUCACGGCCAGUCUCCAGAGACCCCUCGAUGAAGGAGUACAGCACCACGGCGGGCCCUUCAACAUCCGGAGAUGCUGUCGCCGCCCCUCCCACGCCUCCCCAAACUCCUUCCACCCCAGAAGCACUGGAGGGGAUCAGCAGGCAGGUGGAGCAGGUGGACAAACGGUUGAGCCAAAACACCCCAGAGUACAAGGCCCUGUUCAAGGAGAUCUUCUCCCGACUGCAGAAGACAAAGAGCGACAUGAACACGAGGAAGAGCAGAAAGACUAACAAAUGAGGUAACAGGCCCUGAUACGACAUGCACUAAAAACAUCUUACUUUACCUCACUGUUUAAAAGGCUUCUUAUUUAACCUUUGGCCACCCUUCAGUUUAAGGACUGCUGUAUGCUGUUUCAUAUCAAACUGCCAAAGGGAUGAAAAACUGCUCUGCUGUUGUGGAUGAAAUGCAUUUCCUGACUGUAAAUGACAACCUAUCAGAACGGGGGGGUGGGGGUGGUAUUGUGAUGUAUUUGUAACUGAGGUGUACCGAUGCAGAAGUUACUAUUUUGCAUUUAUGAUAAACACUAAAGCCAAAUAGGCCAACUUUCAGAGGCUUUAAAACUUACAGCAUUUAAAGCAUGCAUUUGACUAAUAACACUAAAGAAAUGCAAAAUCUGUCUUUAAAAUUAGAUUAAAAAAAAAAAAAAAAAUCACAAGCUUUUGAAUGGCUUAAAGGAGCAUUUUGAACUCAUUGGACGGCACACAUCCUUCAAAACGGCUGCCCAAGUGUACCUCCUGAACAGGCGGCGAUGCUUCUGCAUCUUUUUCAGGGAUUUAUUUAAUCAUUUCCACACUGUGCUGCCACAUUAUCAGUAGUUCCUGUAAAAGGCCACUUUAAUGUUUCCUGUUGAUUAAAAUAACAACUGCAUCGACCACGUUCUCUUUUUUCUGCUUACAGCUCAGGGAGGAAGUUUGUUCUGAAUAAAACACGACACACACACACACACACACACCC